UGCAUGUUUACUUGCUUUGUCAGCGGUGUCCCUGCAGUAGUUAUCGCAUGAACCUCACCUACUGCUGAUCACAUCUUUGGACUUUUAUCUCCGACAGUGACUUAUCUCAUAGUCACUCCUUAUCAGCAGUUUGUGGCCAGUGUCUUGAGGACUUUGAUCGAGGGGGCAAAUCGAGUUCACUGUGUAUGUUUUUUUUUUAUCUAACGGGAAAGAUGACGUUAAAAUCCAAUAAAAACGAUCCCACUGUCACACUGGAGUCCGUGAACAGCGUCCGGACAGCCCUUUCCGAUCUCUACCUGGAACAGCUCCUUCAAAACAAACCAAAGUCUGACAAGGCAGCUAUGCAAAACUUUGAGAAUCAGGGGGCUGACUUUUAUACCAACGGCAGUGCUGGACACAGAAAUUGCACAGAGGUUCCCAGGAUGAAAGAAGUGGCGUUUGAAAAGAGUGCUUCAGAGCCAAUGGGGGUCACUCUGAAACUGAACGAGAAACAGCGAUGCACGGUGGCCAGGAUAUUGCAUGGAGGGAUGAUUCACAGACAAGGGUCUAUACAUGAAGGAGAUGAAAUAGCAGAAAUCAAUGGAAAAACUGUGACAAACCAAACUGUAGAUCAGCUACAAAAGAUCCUGAGAGAAACCAAUGGAGUCGUCACGAUGAAAAUCAUACCCAACAUGAAGAGUCGAUCCCGAAUCUGCGAGAUGUACAUGAGGGCUCAGUUCAAUUAUGACCCUGCCACAGAUGACCUCAUCCCAUGCAAAGAGGCAGGUCUGAAGUUUCAGACUGGGGACAUCAUUCAGAUCAUCAACAAGCAGGAUCCAAACUGGUGGCAGGGCAGAGUGGAGAGCAGUGCUACUGACUUUGCUGGACUCAUACCUUCUCCAGAGCUCCAAGAAUGGAGGGUGGCCAGUAAAAGCAAGGCCAAAGAGGGCACUCAGUCCUGCAGUCCAUUUGGAAAGAAAAAGAAGUGCAAGGACAAGUACCUAGCUAAACACAGCUCUAUUUUUGACCAGCUGGAUGUGAUUUCUUAUGAGGAGGUUGUUCGGCUCCCAGCUUUUCAAAGGAAAACACUGGUCCUUAUUGGGGCACCUGGUGUUGGAAGGAGUCAUAUUAAGAAUGCACUGUUGACACGAUACCCCGAGAAGUUUUCAUACCCUUCACCACACACCACCAGACCCCAACGUAAGGAUGAAGAGAAUGGAAAGGAAUAUUACUUCAUCUCCCAUGAAGCCAUGACCAAGAGCAUCUCUGGAAAUGAGCUGCUGGAGUAUGGCAGCUUCCAGGGUUUCAUGUUUGGCACCAAAAUUGAGACCAUUCAGAAGAUCCACACGCAGGGCAAAAUCGCUCUGCUGGAUAUAGAACCACAGACCUUGAAACUCUUGCGGACAGCUGAUUUUGCACCUCUGGUAGUUUUCAUUGCACCGACCAACACCGCUCCCCAGACGGAAAAUCUGCAGAUGAUCCAGAAAGAGUCAGACGCCAUCCUGAGCACAUAUGGACACUUCUUUGAUGUGGUUCUCAUCAACAACGACGUGGAUGAAAGUGUUAAGGGUGUGGAGGAGGCCAUGGAGCGGGCCACGUCCACCCCUCAGUGGGUGCCUGUGUCAUGGGUGUACUGAAAGAUGUUUGGCACCACUAUGAUACCUUCUUUUUGUCGAAUAGCAGUGCAAUAUCACUCCUUUACGCAAUGCCCCACAUGUCUGUGGGCUUACUUUUAGGUAAAUGUUAAUUGUCACAGAGAUUUUUUUGCACUAUUGCGUUUUUAAAAAGAAGCAAUAUGUAGACAGGGUUAUCUCAGAGAGUCGAGAGCCUCACCAGGGAUGGUUUUUUUGGCUGUUUAGACACUUUGUGCUUCAGGGACUAACUGGUGAAGUUUUGGUGCCGCACAUCUUUGGGAUUAUUUGGAAAGUAAAAAAAAGCAAAACGGGGCGAUAACUGUGAAUGAAAUGCUCACUCUGACGUAACUGAGUUUUAACAGGCACAUCCUGAAAUUGUUCAUGCUGUGAGUGUAGUGCCAUAUAUCAUUGUUUGUCACAGAAAACCCUUCGCUGAAUCAUUAGAGCCUCGCAAAAAUGUAUACCUCAUAUGUUACUAGAAAAGGCACUUUGAAACAAAAGAAUAAAUCUCCCAUCUCUGUUGCAAUUGA